GUUCAGUCGGUCGUUUAUAUGCUGGUGUCGCUGCAGAGAGAGUCUCAGAGUGAAUGAACUCAGACGGAGAACACAUACAGACCAGAGGUGAGAAGAACUCUCUCUCUCAACAGGAAAAUAAUAUUCUUUACUAAAAUGAAAGAAUAAUUUAUUUAAAAAAUGUAAUCGUCAUUUCAAACUAAGCGACUUUAAACCAGCAUUAAAGUAUCCAUAUGUUCAGAUGAAGACAGGCUUGUAGUUUUGAGCUAUUCCUAACGGAGCUGAUUUAAUCCAAGCAAACUUUGGCUGAUAAAUUCUUACAUUUCUACUCAACUUUAAAAUCAAAAGCAUGAAUGCUGUGAAUUCUGUGCAACUGUUCAUUGUGGUUUGGACUUUUACUGCUGUCUGUCGAGCUGAUGAUGAUGUCUGCAGUAUAAGCUGUGAGGAUGUGACAGGAACUGUAGGAAAACAAGUAGCUUUCACCUGCAGUGUCCCUCAGAAGUGCACUGAAUGCUGCAUUAUAAUGUAUAAGUUUCAAUACCCUGAAAAAUAUAAUAACUCAGCAAUCUGUAAACAAGAGUUUCAUCUGGACCCCUGUGAACAGAGGAACAGCUUCACAUGCAGAUACACUCCAACUACAGCAAUGACAGGACAAUUCAGAUUAUUUUUUCAAACAACAUGUGACAUGAAAAGAACAGAAUUCACUGUGGACAUAACAGAGCCCAGUAAACCUGAAAUUAUCAAAGAAGCUCCUGGUAGGAAAGAGCCCAGAAAACCUGAAACUGACACUGAAGAUCAUGACAGGAAAGAAGAAGCAAGUAACUUGGAUAAUUUAGGAAAAUAUGAGCACGAAAGAGCAGAAGGACGUGGAUUUAAAGUCGCUGUCAUCGCUGCUGUCGUAAGCAGUUUUAUCAUCGUCAUCGUUCCUGUGAUUUACAAAAUGAAACAAAAUUGCAAACAGAAGAAGAGGUUUCGGAACAACUGCCAAGAAAGAUGUCCAGUAAAUGUGGUCUAAUAUCACAGACUCAACAUUAUAAAAGCAGUGUGUUUUGUUUGAUUUUCAAGUGAAGAUCAUGAAAGACACAAACUUUAUAGGAACUCUAUAUCUGGUCAUUGAUUUCUAUGAAAUAAUGGUAGUAUUAUUUAUCUAUUUGAUCUUUAAUGAUCUCACACCUAUUUAAACACUAAAACGGUAAAGCAACAAAAAACAGUGUUUACUUUUGCUCUUUUUUAUUCUGACAUUCAAGAUAUGUAUAUGAUGUUAAUUUUGUAUUUGGUGGUAAGUGGUAAUAGUAUGGAAAUUAUUUUACUGUUAUUAUUCUACACAUGCAGUUUUCU